CGCCCUUCCAAGGAAAUGAAACUUAUCCCAGGCCAAACUCAGAGCAGGGAUCCUCCCUUCCAAGGAAGUGAAAUCUACAGCAGCCCAAACUCAGGCAGAAGAAGACAGACAGGCCAACAGGUUCAGACAGCCAGCUCGCCGCUCCAUUCCCCCAACCGCUCUCCUGCCCCAGCGCCGAGAUGGAUACCCCUCCUAGGGACCUAGACAAGUUCAUCAAAGACCACCUCCUGCCAAACACGCUUUUCCGAACGCAGGUCAAGGAAGCCAUCGACAUCAUCUGCAGUUUCCUGAAGGAGAGGUGCUUCCAGGGGACCGCCCACCCUGUUCGCGUCUCCAAAGUUGUGAAGGGUGGCUCCUCGGGCAAAGGCACGACCCUCAGGGGCCGAUCAGAUGCUGACCUCGUCGUCUUCCUCACCAAGCUCACAAGUUUUGAGGAUCAGCUUCGGCGCCGAGGAGAAUUCAUCCAGGAAAUUCGGAGACAGCUGGAAGCCUGUCAAAGAGAACAAAAGUUUAAAGUGACGUUUGAGGUCCAGAGUCCACGAUGGGAGAACCCCCGUGCCCUCAGCUUCGUGCUCAGCUCCCCCCAGCUCCAGGAGGAGGUGGAGUUUGAUGUCCUGCCCGCCUUUGAUGCCCUGGGUCAGUGGACCCCGGGCUACAAACCCAACCCGGAAAUCUACGUCCAGCUUAUCCAAGAGUGCAAGUCCCUAGGGAAAGAGGGCGAGUUUUCCACCUGCUUCACGGAGCUGCAGCGAGACUUCCUGAGGGACCGUCCAACCAAGCUGAAGAGCCUCAUCCGCCUUGUCAAGCACUGGUACCGAAAGUGUAAGGAGACUCAUGGAAAUAAACUGCCCCCACAGUAUGCCCUGGAGCUCCUGACAGUCUAUGCAUGGGAGCAAGGAAGCAGGAAAACAGAUUUUAGCACAGCUCAGGGAUUUCAGACUGUUUUGGAAUUAGUCCUAAAGCAUCAGAAGCUUUGCAUCUUCUGGGAAGUAUAUUAUGACUUUACAGACCCUGUCAUUGGACAAUAUCUGCUCCAGCAACUCAAGAAACCCAGGCCUGUGAUUCUGGACCCGGCUGACCCUACAGGCAACGUUGGUGGUGGAGACACACACAGCUGGCAGCGGCUGGCACAAAAGGCAAGAAUCUGGCUGGAUUAUCCGUGCUUUUUGAAAUGGAACAGGUCACCGGUGGAAUCCUGGAAUGUGUCGCCCGAGGCCAAGGCCCCUCCACAGGAGGAAGAUAUCUGGACGCGCACCCGAGCAUCUUAAGAGUGAGGUCCCUGGAGCCGCCUGGACCAGCCCCCUCAUCCCUAGGGUCGGGGCCCGGAGCCUUCAUCCCUAGAGGGCCAUGAGUUGGUGUCAGACCUGGCACCAGAAUCCAGGUCUUUGACCCCCUUGCUUCUAUUCCAUGCUCUGUCUCCUUUCACAGAGAGCAUUUCCCCAUAGGCCUCUCCCCACCAGAGAGGAGAGUUCUCUAAGCCACAACAGGAAAGACUUAGACAAGAGUGGAACCCCAGCCUGGACUUUCUUCUGUGUACCUGGUGGAGAGUUAUGGUCCAAAGUAUCGUCAUUACAAUAAAAAUAGGAGUUCCUCUUGUG